AUCAAAACAAAUCAGACUUGGCCCAAAAGGAAGUGCGACAACUUCGCUUCGGACCAACUUCUGAUAGUUUAUUGUUCUUUCUACUCCUUUCUUUUCUGUUUUUCGCCGGUAGAACUUCGUCGCCGACGGUUUCAGGAUGGUGAAAGUGUCGUUUAACGCCGCUCUGGCCCAGAAAGAUGUGAAGAAAGAUGCUGAAACUCUGAUCCCCGAGGAGGACACGGAUGCGGAGGCGGCUCUGCUGGUGCGUCGCCAGUCUCGGACCUGGUGCUGGUGCAUGUGCCUGGGUCUGGCCCUCAUGCUGUCUGGUGUGGUUGUAGCAGGAGCCUACCUGUACCGCUACUACAUCCUGGAGGUGAACAAAAGCCCCUACAGCAGUGGGGACGUACCUCAACAGGAAGAUCAGGUCUUCUUUUGUGGCGUGAACUACAAUGAGGAGGACUACAUGGUCCCUGAGGAGGAGGAGAUGGAGCUGCCCAAGAAGCUCCUUCAGAAGCAGCUGGAGGAGAGGAUCACUGUGCUGGAGCGGGAGCAGGUGGAGCUGAUCAAAGUGCCCGUGCCUGACUUUGAAGAUGGAGACCCUGCAGAUAUUGUCCAUGACUUCCAGAGGAGGUUGACUGCUUAUCUUGAUCUGAAUCUGAACAAAUGUUACGUCAUCCCACUCAACACCUCCAUCGUCAUGCCUCCCAGAGACCUGCUGGAUCUGCUCAUCAAUGUAAAGGCCGGCACCUACCUGCCUCAGUCGUACCUUAUCCAUGAGGAGAUGGUGGUGACGGAGCGUCUGGAGCACGUCGACCAGCUUGGGUACUUCAUCUACAAUCUGUGCCGUGGCAAACCGACCUACAAGCUGCAGCGCAGGGACAGAAUCCUGGGUAUCCAAAAGCGUGAAGCUCUCAACUGCCACAAGAUUCGUCACUUCGAGAACAAGUUUGUGGUGGAAACUUUGAUCUGCGAGCCUUAAGAUGCCUCAGCACAGCUUUUAAAGUCAUCUAUCUGUUUUCUGUUCUGCAAUAAAAUAGUUUGAGCAAGUGAGGGGAGUGAAAUGUGAAGCUGUUUGGCAAAUAUCUACUGAAUGUUAAUUAAAACAAAAAAAGGUAAAGCUUAUUUUUCUUCUUUCUGUGUGGGAAUCAUCUAGUACUCUUAUUCCAGGAAAUACCUAGCUUAAAGUCUUCUGAAUAUUCACAUAUAAAUUAUUUUAAUCAAAACAGCAGGAGAAAUAGCAAACAUUUGCUCUUAUAGAUAUGGGCUAAUCUACUAUUUGCAGUUCUUUCAGUUUCAAUAUCAAACCUUAGAAAACAGGACAACCUUUGUACCAUUGAUUCUGGUUUUUGAACCGCAUCAGUCUGGGGAGACUAUAUAUAUUUUUUGUUUGUCUGCUGUAGCUAAUGAUAUACUGCACCAGUUGUUUCUAACUGGAAAACAUUCUUAAUGUAAGAUUAUGAAACUGCUUCUUUUUUUAACUCUUGGGAAAAAAAAAAACAGGAAAAAGUGGAGAGAGAAAUCCGAAGGA